AUCUCCCAGUCGCUGUGUGAGUUUUGAAUCCAGCAGAAAGACAAGACAGAAGAAGAUGGCAAAAGACAAGGACACCCGGAGAGAGGAAAGGAACAGCAGAGACAGAGAAGAAGACCUUUAUCUGGGCUGUCUAACCAAACUGCAGCUGAUCCUGAUCACCGUGGCUGUUGGAGUUAUCAUUCUUAUUGCCAUAAUCACCGUCAGCGUGGUGCUCACCACAAACAAAGGUUCUCCAGCUCCUUUUCCCUUGUUCCCACCUGGAGGAGACAUGCUGGACUACCUGGUGCAGGCAGGUGAGAUCAGCCAACCUGAUGGCCUUUUUGCUUCCUGGUUCCACAGAGCUAACAGCAAGGAGGAGAUGAAUGAAGCCCUCUCAGGUGAUGUCAUGAUCCUGGAGGCUGAUGUCACUCUGAGGGGUUAUGGGACGCCCAGCGAGGAGCCGGUCCCCAUCAUGGCUCAUCCUCCUGCUGUCCAAAGUGACAACACUCUGGACGAGUGGUUGGAUACUGUGCUGGCCUCCAGGAAAGCAAUGAAGUUGGACUUUAAGGCUCUGGAAUCAGUGGGUUUGUCUCUGGACCUGCUCAGUCAAAAGAACAGCAGCGGGAGAUUAAACAGGCCUGUCUGGCUGAACGCAGACAUCCUGAUCGGUCCCAACACACCAGGCUUCAUGCCUACAGUUAAUGGAAGCAGAUUCCUUCAGUUGGUUCAGGAGAAGUUUCCGGAUGCGACUUUGUCUCCAGGAUGGAUGGUGUCCUACGCUCCUCCUCUGUUCACCUCCUCCUACACCAGAGCCAUGGUGGAAGACAUGUAUGGUCUGGUUAAGGACUGCCCUCAGAAGGUGACGUUCCCGGUUCAUGCUCUGUUGGUUCGUUACGGCUGGCAGCAUCUGAGCUGGCUCCUCAGCCAGUCACCACGGUUCAGCCUCACUUUGUGGCAAGGUUCAAUCCAUCCCAACGUCAGCGACCUGCUGUUUGUCCGCGACAAUUCCAACCCUGCCAGAGUUUACUACGACAUCUAUGAGCCAACGCUGUCGGAGUUUAAAGAAGCUGCAACCAGGCGGACCGAUCCCAGGAGGUUCUAUCCUGGAGGAGACCUGAUGGAUUUCCUUCAUCCCACUCACAACUCAAACAACAACUUAGUAAGAGAAACCAGACAACGCAGCAGCCUGGAAGUUCGCUGGUUUACCGUCACUGACCAGACCUCUCUGCUGCCUCAGCUCUCAGGUGGGGCUGGUGGGAUGUUGGUCAUUCAUGUAUCUUCUGACAGCAGCAGACCUGGAGUUCCUGUAGUGGAAGGAUCUGGAAGGAGCUCAGAGUUGCUCUCACUGCAGGGCAUCCUUGAGCUGCUGGGGCAGAAUGCUGAGGCCCGCUGGGGUAUUUACCUGCAGAUCCAAAGCCAUCAGCUUCUGGAAACUUCUCUCCAGCUGCUGCAGUCGUUCUACAGCUCAGAAGAUCUCUACAGGCCUGUGUGGAUCGGCAUGGAGGGUUUACAGAGCAGCGAUGACACACAGGACUUUGUUUCCACGGUAGAGAAGCUGUUUCCUUACGUCACCGUCGUCCUUCCUCAGCAGAACUAUCCUCCCCUGAUCCCAGCAGCAGUGGCAGGUUUGUCCCAGCGGAUGGCGCUACGCCUGAACUCACUGCCAGCAGGACAGGAGGAGCUGAACUCUUUGAUGGGAAUGAUGGACAAAUGUGACUUUCUACUGGAGGUGGACACAAAGAGCGACACUGAAGCUUCCUCAGUGCUGAAGAUGUUAAUGAGCCAGAAGACAGGAGGAGGAAACACCAACCUGUACGUGAUCUGAUAGGAAACACCAACCUGUAUGGAGGAAACACCAACCUGUAUGGAGGAAACACCAACCUGUAUGUGAUCUCUGGGCUUCCGAGCUGAUAUUUGUGUUCUACCGUUCAUUCUUUAUUUAAUGUGCAUAUAAACAUGACCCUGCAUGUGAUAAUCAGGCACAAACUCACUUAUAAUUUCUGUAUUAACUCCUCGCUCAUACAACAUGUAAGAUGACUGAUCAUUGGAAAACAGUCUUCUUCCAUCAGCUGGAAAACUCAUUCCUGCCUCCAAUUGUUGAUUUUCCAACAAGACAAGGUCAGUUAAAGCCUGGAUUAGGGCUGGGCGAUAUGGCCUAAAAAAAAAAAAAAAAUCUCCGAUUUUUUCACAAAAAAUCCCGAUUCACGAUUUAUCCGAUUUUUUUUUACCCCCUACCUAAUCUCUGCACGCCGGAGUCCAGUCUACUUUAUGCAAUUGAGCUGCAGCCCUCUUCGGGUAAACACACCGGAUCGCAGCUGGAAAUGCGCUGCAUGUGACAUGCUGGUCCGUUGCAGUGCGUUUCCAGCUGUGAUCAGGUGUGUUUACCUGGAGAGGGCUGCAGCUCAUUUGCAUAAAGUAGACUGACUUCUACUUUAUGCAAAUUGGAUGCGGCGUGCGGAGAUUCCACGCAUCGUGAAACUGUCCUCAAACUUCUAAACUAGGCGUCAGUGACCUAAAACGAGGACAGAUUCAGCUGCUGCACAGAUUAUUUCUCGCUUCAAAUACUUUCAGAAAUACUUUUCGCUGACGUGUUUUUUGAAAUAAAAGGGAAAGUUUGCGGCCGAGCCGCUGUGUUUAUCCGACUUGUCUGCAGGACUGUCCAGCUGAAAGCUCGGUCAUGUGACCACGUAGCAGCCUGCUGUUGCUCAGCGCUGUCAUGUGACCAUGUUGUGGUCCGCUAGUGACCGCCGUCCGUGCCAUUUUCAGAUGUGGUGCGUUGCCGUGCGGGAAAAUAGCAUCUAGUGGACUUUUAGAUCUGCACCGCUCGCCGCCAUGUUGUUUGUGUAUCAAGCGCGGGGGGGAGGGGGGCGCACUCUGAACUACGGGAGCCCAGCGGGAAGGCGUUGGUGGCGGAUGUUGAUGAGAAAAUUAAUUUUCAUUAAAACAAAUCGACAUUAAGUACAAACUCGAAUUAAUCGAUAAAAUCGAUUUAUCGCCCAGCCCUAGCCUGGAUGGAGAACCAGAACAUUGGAACCAUGCCUUGGUUGCUCAAUCACCAGAUCUAUCUUUCUGGCAGAACAAUGCCAUAACUAUUGAUGGAAGAACUGAAGGGAUUUUAGUUCUUAUCCCGAAAACUGUGGAAAAUGUCUGAUACCAGCUCUGAAAUUAAACUUUUAUGAGUUA